UUUUCACACCGAGCCACCAAUUUUUGGACCUGUUACCUGAAGCGGUGGUGUCCGCACUUUCAAUCGACUUAUUGAAGAGAAGACUGGACACUCAUAGAAACAUACCAGAAAAAAGAAUAACAUACUGGUGAUCUGAAAAGUAGCUUCACAACUUUGGAUCACGAAUAUGUCAGACACUGGAUCUUCCGAGGUUACCGAGUCAGAGACCCAUUUAUUUCUUUUUUUGUCAAAUUGUGAAUUUCACAUAUUCCUAAGCUUGUUGGCGCGGUUUAUCGUUAAAACAUACGUGGGGGGGAUUGAAAUGCCAGAUAGUAGUGAGGUUUCUGGUGGUGUUCGACAACAAAAUACUUUAUUUGGUCGUUUAAAGUCUGACUAUGUCAAUACUGCUAUGUACUUUGCUCGUUUGGGAACGCUGUUCUGCUGUGUCGUAUUUUUCUUUGCGCCAAUUUUUUCCCGUUUGCACCCGUCAGAUCUGGAGGUUUGGUAUCGAAGAGCAUUGUUAGCAAGUGCGGCGACUUCAGCCCUACGUCUACAUCAACGAAUAAAAAGUUUGAAUACAGGUUUCUCUCGAGAAGUCCUAGAGGUCUUAAUUUCUGAGGAUUCUUCUCAUUACUUGCUGUUUUCCAUUAUGUUUGCUGUAUUACCACCAGUUACAGUUUCUUUGGUGCCGAUCUUCUUAUUCGCCCUUUUACAUGCGGCCAGCUUCACGAGGGUUCUUUUAAAUACAUCUGUUUCUCUAAAUGGCGGCGGAACGAGUGAUGGUUUGGAUGCUUCAGUUGCUUCAUCGAAUAUGUCAUGUAUACAUCAAAUAAUACAGAAAUCAAUUGAUAAAGUGAAAGCACAUGACCAAAAUAUCUUACGUAUCAUAGCCUUAAAUGAAAUCAUGUUGAUGGUAAUCUGUAUAUUUAUGGCUGUUUCUGGACCCAGAAUUUUUGUCCUCCCCUUUAUUUAUUAUCCGUUCUUGAAAAUGCGUUAUAAUUCAAGGCGUAAUCCUUAUACUCGUAACGCAUUUUUGGAACUGCGUAUAGCACUUCAGAAUGUAGCUUAUCAUUCUAAGUGUCCAGCACUUAUUUCGCGUAUAAUUUAUGGUCUCAUCAAUAUUAUAUCUCGUUUGGGAACAAGCGGUUACGCUAGAAAUUAGAUUGGGAUCCACCUGCUGGUGUUUUUUCUGUUUUUCGUGGUCCAUUUGUUACGUUGUGAUAUCAACAUCGAUCAGCUACCACUUGAAGAAAAUAUUCAAAUGAGUUCGUCUUCACUUCAUUUUUAUAAUCUACUUGUAUUUCAUCAUUCAUUUUACUACUUAUUUGUCCUUGCUAUCCUCAACAAAAAGUAACUUUGACAAUUGAUAUAUAUAUAUAUAAUUUUUGUGUAGUUUCACAAUCUAAUAUAUACGAAAUUGUUCUCACUUGUUGUGGUCAUUUGGAUCUUUCACUGAACAUUAUAUCUGUAAAUUUACAUAUUAUACUUUUUGCUGCAACUUUCUAAGUAAUACUCAGCGGUUUUUGUUGUAAUUUAAAGGAACCUAUUUCAGAAUUCUAGGUCAUUUCAUUUUUCAUGCUUAUGUUAAGCUCUGGUCUCAUUCUUUUCAACAAUCUCUUCACUCGUUCUCUACUCGAUUCAUUUUAUCGAAUGGCCGUUUUUUCCUACGGAUAUCAGUUACAGUCGAAAUGAUUUAGUCGUCAAAUUGUUAUCGUGUCAUUCAAAUUCAUUUUGUAAAAAUAUGCGUUUUGACUGAGCUGUUUGCUUUUUAGAUGUUUCUAGUAUACUGAUAGCUUGUUUAGUUUUUAUUCAUCUCUUCCAACGUAGUUGGGUUUGAAAAUAAUAUUGAAUCCAAUUUACCAGUUUCUACUUUUAACAUUGGUAACGUUAUCUAAUAACAUCUUCGGUUUUAAUUACGUCGAAGUAAGUGAGUGUCAACAAACCGAUGGAAUAACGCGUAAUAGUUAUUGUUAAUAUUGAUCUAUUGUUGGAAAAGCGAGAGUUGUUAGUUGCUCGUAAAUGACCAAACAGCUGAUUUAAAAACGUGACUAUGCUGAGUUUGCUAGACUUUACCAAUUGAUCAUUUUUCAAAAGAUUGUCUCAACUUCUGAAGUGUAGUCUAGUUAGAACCCACUAUGUUUUAUCCUUGUUCAAACGAUCGGAUAAUUGUGGUAGGAAAAUGACUAGGAGACGUGCUAUAAAACUUUUAUAACUGCAGAUUAUUUUGUAACUUCCAGCUGUUACAUGAUGUAGUCAAUCAGAUUAGAAUGGUUUGUUUGAAUUAGAGUGAAUUGGCAUAGAAUCUUUUCAAAUUAAAAAGCAGUUAACAAUAUGGUAAAACAUGGCGGAGUACUACCUUUCCCUAAAAUAGGUAAUUCAUGCAAGGAACUGAUUAUAUCUCCAGUGGAUGCACUUAGGUGUACAAACAAGUUGUAAACCAAAAUAGGAUGCGAAGAGAAUUAAAAUAUUGCGCUAUACGCGUCCACUCAUUUGGCUUGAGUCUAUAAGAUUCAUGGUUGAAGGAAACACUUUUAGUACGAGCGGGAACUGUGGUAAUAUGCUUGAUGAAGUACUCAGUAGUUCAGCGAUUAUCCCAGCGAAUAGGAAUCUAGUAUGAAGAAAAAUACAAGAGAUGGUUGGUGCUCAGUAAAGUUAUGAUCGAAGUAGGACAAUUAUAUACAU